GGUAACGUAUGGGCGUGUCUUAGGAACGGCACUUUCUUGCUCCUCCCCCUCACAGUCCCGCAUGAACAUGGCAGGCAUCCUCUGGAGGUCACUGGUCAGUCGCUUGGCAGGCGCCAUCAACACUCCCCAGCCUGGAGUCAGGGCCUUCUCUGGUCAUGUGCAGACGGUCACACUUAUACCAGGAGAUGGGAUAGGACCUGAGAUUUCUUCUGCAGUAAUGAAGAUUUUCGAGGCAGCCAAAGCACCUAUCCAGUGGGAAGAGAGGAAUGUUACCGCUAUUAAGGGACCUGGUGGCAAGUGGAUGAUCCCUCCAGAAGCCAAAGAAUCCAUGGAUAAAAAUAAGAUGGGGCUUAAAGGACCUUUGAAGACCCCAAUUGCUGCUGGACAUCCAUCCAUGAACCUGUUACUACGGAAAACAUUUGACCUUUACGCUAAUGUGCGCCCAUGUGUCUCCAUUGAGGGUUUCAAAACGCCUUACACUGAUGUGGACUUGGUUACCAUACGUGAGAACACUGAAGGAGAAUACAGUGGGAUUGAGCAUGUGAUUGUGGAUGGAGUAGUGCAGAGCAUCAAGCUGAUCACUGAGGAUGCCAGCCGCAGAAUUGCAGAGUUUGCCUUCGAGUAUGCACGAAACAACCAGAGAAGUACUGUGACGGCAGUGCACAAAGCCAAUAUUAUGAGGAUGUCUGAUGGGCUUUUCUUGAAGAAGUGCAGAGAAGUUGCGGAAAAUUACAAAGACAUUAAGUUUAAUGAAAUGUACUUGGAUACAGUGUGUCUCAAUAUGGUUCAGGAUCCUAUACAGUUUGAUGUUCUAGUGAUGCCAAAUUUGUAUGGAGACAUCUUGAGUGAUCUAUGUGCUGGACUGAUCGGUGGUCUCGGGGUAACACCAAGUGGAAACAUUGGAGCUAAUGGUGUGGCAAUCUUUGAGUCGGUCCAUGGCACUGCGCCAGAUAUUGCAGGUAAAGACCUGGCUAACCCUACUGCUCUGCUGUUAAGUGCUGUCCUCAUGCUGCGGCACAUGGGGCUGCAGGAUCAUGCACGCAAGAUAGAGAAUGCCUGCUUCGAAACCAUAAAAGCUGGCAAGACUCUGACAAAGGACUUGGGUGGAAAUGCAAAGUGCUCAGAUUUUACGGAAGAGAUUUGUCGCAGAAUACGAGACAGCGACUAAGUCUCUGCUGGCUCCUGAAUGCGGCGUAGCCAGCUGAAGUCACACGCACAUCCCUUUUCUGCUGAUACUGAUUUCUUUCGUCGACACCUUAUCGCUUCAUUCAUAGUGAGCAAAAUACAAAGAUGUGGGUCAAAUGUGCUGGUGAUCUGAAUGGAGUGAAGGAAAGAGAAUACUAAACCCGAUUGGAAUUUACUACUGCAAAUUGUAUUGAUGGCUUUUAUAGUCAAAUCUACAAAUGAGAAGAGACUGAGUUUAUACUGAUAUCUGACACUGCUUUUAUAUUAAAGAAGGACUCCAAGUCUGGUCUAGUAUACUGUUGAUGGUAUGUCUUCACCAGUUAAGGCUGUGCCCUUUACGUGAUGUAAAUUGCAUAUGUAACUCCACAUAGAGAGAGGUCUAUUAUUCACUACUGCUGUAAUAUCUCUCCAUCUUAUAUUUUCUGCAAUGCAUAUCACAUAUUGCUCUAUCUUACCAACAUUUCUUUCAAAUUACCACUCCAAUCUCCUAUAACAUUACAUUAUGUGUCCUAUAGCUCGGUAACUGCAGCCUGUGAAUGCUUCAUCCUGCUCCACUAUACCAAUGCAAACAGACACUUGCAGGCCCUUUCAUAGCGAUACUUGUAUAUGAAUAAGGAGUCCGAGUACUGUGAAAUGGUGUAUUAAAUGGAGGAGAUCAUAAAGUCUGUGUGCUCAUGUAUCCAUCGUUUGUAUUCGCAUAAAGGAAUGGAAGAUUUCCAGAUGGACAAGGAGCAGUGAGUCUGUGUUCCUCCAUAUGUUCAAUGGAAGUGUUACUGUGAAAAAGUUUGCAACUGACCGUUUGCAUUAUGUAUACAUCCCUUUUUUUCCUCCUCUGUCCCAGUUAAAACUAUAUGGGCAGUGGGUUUUUAACUGCCUUUGUACCUCCUUACAGGUAUAAAGGUCUGCCAAAAAGUCAGGCCUCCAGGAAGGGGCAGCUCACUGGAUUUGUAUGUCUGCAUCUGGAAGCAACUGAAUUGCUUUGGUCUUUAUAGCUCUUGUUAGUAUCAUCCUGUAUCAGAUUGUACACUCCUUGUUCAAGAACAGUGGCUCGAUCAACCACCAGAGGGUGCUGCAGCACAUCGUUCAGUGUGGGAAAAGCACAGUCCAAUAAGGAACCUACCUUUAUGAAUGUCUUGUCUUGCCUUAAACUUUUCAUUUUUGAAGCUUUAUUUAUUAUACAGUUUUGGGGAUCUCAUCCUUUACUUGUGAACUGUGCGCUGCUUUGUGUUUAUAUUGCAGUUUUUUUUAUGCAAAUUCAUUAAAUGUGCAAGGUGUUCCAAAAAUC